GUAUUCAUAAUUUCAUAUUCUUAUCCUCUAAUUUGAGCUUAGCACCAACGAAACAUAUUUUUUGAUAAAAUAAAAAUCUUCCAAUCAAAUUUUAAAUAGACCUUAGACAAGCAAAAAAAAUACAAAAACAAAAACAAAUAUUAAUGGAACAGAACCUAAAUUCACUACAAUUACUUUCCAAGAUCAAGUUUGGUCUCAUCUGCUGCGUCCACAUUUGUCCACCGCCUUGCAAUAAAUGUCAAGGUUUGUAGUUUCCCUUACCUUUAGGACAGUGCAAAGAAAUUGUUGGCUCAUUUCUCACCUACUUUUUUUUUUCUGUUUAUUUAAACCAAUUCUCUCUUCUCAUAAGUAUCAUAAAGUCUCUUUUUCUUUCUUUCUUUCCAGAGAAAACAGGUAAAAUUCUUGCAAAAAUGGAGAGCCAAAGCGAUAAUAGGGUCAGUACUGUUGAUGAAAGAGGGAGCAAGGGGUCAAGAACAGUGAGUAUAUGUGAGUUGAUUCUGAGGGUUUUGGCACUGCUGCUAACACUUGCAGCUGCCAUAGUUCUAGGGUUGGGUAAGCAGACUAAGGUUGUUCCAAUUCAGAUCACUCCAACCUCGCCUCUUAUCAAUGUUGCAGUCCACGCUAAGUGGCAUUACCUGUCUGCCUUUGUGUACUCCAUGGUGUCAAAUAUAAUAGCAAGUUUGUAUGCUGCAAUUUCUAUACUCAUUUUGUUGGGAACCCGAUAUGGAAAGAGAGAAUUGAGCCAAAUCAUCAUUGUCCUCGACCUAUUGAUGGUGGCGUUGUUAUUUUCUGCCAAUGGAGCUGCCAUGGCCAUUGGUCUCAUGGGCUACAAAGGGAACUCCCACGUUCAAUGGAACAAAGUUUGCAAUGUUUUCGAAAGAUUCUGUCAUCAAGUUGCGAUUUCCAUUGUGCUCUCUUUAGUUGGUUCCCUAGUUUUCAUGGCUUUGGUAGCCCUCGCUGCUCUCACCCUCCAUAAGAGUUUUGCAACUAGAAAUUGAAUAUAUGAGUUAAUGCUUUAUGUAGAAAAAUUAAAAUAGGAUUUGUUAUUUUAUUCAUUAGUGUUAUAUGAAUUUUCUUUAAACUUAUUUUCGUCGUAUUCAUGAGAUCGAAAUUUAAUAAGUUACAUUAUAAUAAAACGAA